AAACGCUGUCUGUAGCCAGGAGAGAGGUGAGUUAAAAGGAUGUGUUUCUUUAAAUUGCAUUGCCGGGAAAGGAACAGGCCCUGUCUGAUUCUUUUUAUUUCUUUUUCUCUUGCUCAUGCUGUCUCUCUCUUUUUCUUUCUUUCUCUCUCUCACACACACAGCUACUUUUACCCAAGGGCUGGAGGACUUCACUACCUAAGGAACAGCAUGUGUGGGUAAGUCAGGUCCUUUUCACCACGGGCAAGGAUGGAAAGCCUGUGCUGACCUCCAACCUUCGCCUUUGGUGGCAUCAUCCCGGCCCCCGCAAUGUGCACCUCCAGCCCCCGACAUCGCCCGACACCUUUUUUCAGCGCCCGUUCUUCCUGUGGAUGCCGUACUGCAUGUGGGGCUACAAGCUCUCCUGCACAGUGUGCAGCCACAGGUUGUCGGGAGCCGGACUCUACAGGACUGUCCGGAGGGUCCUGGACACAGACGGAUGGUACUUUAUGGCCACGGAGUACCUGGAGUGCUGGCGCUGCAGGAAGAAGGUGGCGGGCUGGUCGCAGGAUGUCUUGGAUCAGCUGCACCACACCCACCGGGAUGGGUUUCCAGCUAUCCUGACUUACAGGUUAUCCUGCGACAAGAAGCUCAUUGGGCAGAUGCGUGAGCACAUGCUGGGCAACGGGGCCAACCGACUGCGCAGAUAUCUGCUCGAGGAGCACACCAGGUCCUGGAUGUUGCGGUCCAAAAAGUUCAUGUCCGCGGUCGCCAAGUUCAUCACAUCGGGUGCCAAGCCAUCUGCAACUCCGCCUCUACCACCACGGAUGACGCCAGUGCCCGGUGCAAAGUGGUUGCUGUCCGUCUACGCCAGGGAGGUGGUUUCGAGGCUAGAAGAGACCAAAGCCCGGAUCACCUCCAUCUUUGGCUCAAUCUCGAAGAUGGACUCAACCAAGAAGGUGAGCGAUAUCGUCAUCCCCUCCCUCCCUCCUUCUUUCCUUCCAGCUUACCGUCACUCUCCCUUUCAUCGUUCAGGUGACCAAGAAACUUGGUGGUGCCACGGCAGAAACGGCAGCCUAGGUGACCAACGUGGGGAAUGA